AUGACUGCCGCUGUUGAACAACAUGUCGCACAGGUUAUUCAAGAGGAAGAUGUGGAAGAUACACUCUCCGACACCGAGGAUACUACAACAAUCGCCACUAACGGCACUGGAGUCCUUCUGAGCCCAACAAAAGCCGCCAACCAGGCAACUGCCACCACCGCCACCACCGUGACAGGAGAAGCAGCACCACCCACAAGGGUCAAACGCCUGGCACUGAUCUCGUCCGAGGAUCUCAAGACACCUACCAUUGCCGUCCCUACGAUUGCAGUCGCAGUUGGAAGUGUCAGUAUCUGGGCAUCGGUCUUGUACUACGGUGCCUACAAGAAAAAGUUCUCGCCCCUGGUGUCGUUCCCGCUCAUGACUGCCGCCAUCUUUGCCUCGUUCACGCCUGUCCACGAUGGUACGCACUCGUCGAUCGCCAAGGGGAAAUAUAAGGUCCCCAUCAACAACCUUGUUGGUUAUUUCAGUGGUAUCCCCUUGGUCCUGCCCUUCGGCUCCUAUCGUCAGCUGCACUUGAUGCACCAUCGACACGUCAACACGGACGCAGACCCAGACAUCUGGGAUUCUCAAGGACCCAUGGUCAUACGAUCCAUCAAAUGGUUCUUCCCCGACGUUUUCUGGAUCCUCCAGAUCCUCCAGAAGAAGGUCAAGAACGGGAAGAUAAUGGAUGCAUCUCUGUUCUAUCUGUCGAUCUUCUGGUUCAUGAAGAAGAUGAAUGACAAGAAUAUGGCCUUUGUCAAGUAUUGGCUCAUCCCCCAACGCGCCGCGUACUGGUUGCUGGUGUGGCUGUUUGCGUAUGUGCCUCAUAGACCGGAUGGAGACCACCAGUUCAACCAAAAGGAUAACGUCUACAAGACCACCAGUGUCACCGGAGGCAUCCUAAACUCCAACGGAUUCAACCUCGCUAUUCCCUUGUUGAACCAGCAUUUGCACAACAUCCAUCACUUGUAUCCUCAGCUGCCCUUCACACGCUACGGAAAGAUCUGGGCAAAGCACAAAGAUGCAUUGAUUGCCGCCGGUACAGAGACACACGCGGUCUACGAUCCCAAGAAAGACUGGGCCUGGAAUGAGACCUUUGAUGGCAAGAAGAAAUAG